GCACGAUAGAUUUACCGUAAAAUUUUUAUCUAGUGCAUUUUGUCGGGUACGUUUGAUAUUUUGACGUCCGAGAGAAGCAAACCGGUUCGCCGUGUUCGCGAUUUGUCUCGAUUGCGUAAAUUUCGAUUUUCGUAAUUUUUACGAUCUUCGCAUGUAACAGUCGAAUCUUGAGUGACAUCGUGUGUGCGAUAUUGUGCAAUAAGAUUCCGUAGAAUUGUUAAAAGUUACUGUUUUUACUGUGGAGUUUUUUAAAACGUCUGGCUUAUGAGAGAAAUAUUGUUAAAUAUAAGAUUGCAUUACGAAUCGCACAAAAUGGAAAGCGGCCGGUGCGUUUGGUGAAACGCGCAUUUAAAGUGGACGCAUAUGCUUGACGCAACGCGAGGCGCGGGAAUUCGGCACACGUUACUACUUACGAGUGUGCACGGUGCACGGUAAUAGAAAGUGUUUCUUCAGCGCCACUGCGCUUUAGCGGUGUGAAGAUGUCCCGGCAAGUCCGGAAACUGAGCAAUUGUUAGCGGAUACACACCAUGACACGUCAAAUCCAUGCAUGAGACUACAAUCUGGCACGCGAUGUCAAGGUGACAUCUCGUCGUCAAGGCUGAUGUCUCAGGAUAAAUUUCCGAGAUUAGAUCGUAACACACAGAUCGGAGAAGCCUCAAGCGAUCUGAUUGCCGUGAUAGCGUCGCCUUCGAUUAUCGUAAACGAUAAUCAAGAUAAUGACGAUCCGCCGCCUUACACUGCAAUUCCGCCGCCUUACAGCGCAGUCACGCCGCCAAAUCACGUCGGCUGGCCAUAUGGACUUUUUUCAUUCAGCGAUUUGUACUCCCCGGAUAGGGAAACUUGCAGAGUGGAAAUUCCUUUGACACCUUUUCAAGCUUCCCUUCCAGCUACGGCUUUCCAUCUCGAGGAGAUUGACGGCCAGCACGCGUCACACCCGAUGCCCUUAACGCCUUACAGGUUCAAAUUCGAUUCCUACAUGCCGAGAGCAAAAUCGCUCUCAGACAAUGAGAUUGCGGAGAAAGUCGACGAUACGAAAUCACGAACAUUUUCGUCGUAUCUCCGUAGCAUCAAUUUGUAUAACUUCAAAAUGCAUACGACGAUGCGCGUAGAAGAAACAGAAACUGAACAACAAACUGUUAUUUUGUCUACGCUACUGCUUAUAUUAAAAUAUAAGUAGAUAUCUUUUGGAUUUUAAUUCUUGCACUGAUAAUAAACAAGAGGCAUAAUUUUUAAAUGAUGCUUUAACUUUAUCGUA